UCCCACCAUUAGGCCUGUGUCAAAUGAGUGAACUACAAUUCAACUGAUGCAAAUGCAGCAAGAAUAUUUCGAGAGGGUGCGCGAAUUAACGACAUAGUACAUUCUGAUAAUAUAGGAACGGCGGCGACGCAAGCGUGGGUUAGACUUAGCUUUCUAGGUGCGCUAUCUUGGAAUAUUAUAUGCUGUUACCAACAUGCUGAUUGGAGUUCCGACCAUCCCGAUGACAGAUGCAGUGAGCUUCAACAUGUACUUCGCAAUGGAAUGGACGAGUGUCGUCAUGUUUGCAAUGCUAGGCGUCAUCAUGAUCACCCGGUUAUAUGCCAUGUAUCAGCGAUCUAGAACGGUGGUGAUACUUCUCAUUGUCGCCUUACUAGCUGUCACCAUCGCCAAUGGAGUGAUCAACGAAAUAGUAACUAGGCAUGCCUCAGGAGAGGUGUACAUUCUCUUCGGCACCUAUGAGUGUGCUAUUGACUACGGGGAAAGUGACCAACUUCUGACGCCCAUAACUUGGAUACUCACCAUUGUAUGGGAGGUCCUUGCACUGUGGCUCGCAGUCUGGAUUGCUGUAAAGCACUUUCGUGAGCUGAGACGAUCAUCUGCAGGAGGGAUUAUCGGGGACUGUUUCACGGUGUUAAUGAGAACUCACGUGGUCUACUUUGCGAGCACUACUGCUACUUCAAGUUUCUGGCUCGGUUAUUUGUUUUCAACAAUUUCAGCGGACUCAUAUUCCUUGCAAAAUAAGAUUUUGUCUAGUGUCGGUCAAAUUUUCUUGCUUGUGCAAUUAUUUGUGCUGGGACCACGCCUGAGGCCUGAUCCUUAGCGUUAGAGAAUAUCACGCUAAGCUCGUGGACGACUCUGAUGCAGCAACCGCCAUGACUUCAAUUGCUUUCCAGGAGCGCGUGCAUGUGUCAACAAGCAGCAGUGUGUAGCACGGGAGAUGA